GGGGAGGCAGGACACGAAGCGCCAGGUGCUGCAGGGGAGCCGAAGGAUCCCAGUCCAGGAGUGCCUAGAGCUGCCGUGUGUCUAGAGGAGGAGGAUACUGGGAGGCAGCUCCCAGACCCUCGCGCAUUCAGCUUUCAGCCCUGUCCGUCGCCCUUACGCUGGCCGUCUUCUGGGCGCAGGAGAUGCUGUUGUGUCUGUUAGGAAGCUCCCCUUAGGGACAUCCCCGCUCCGUUCUGAGGAGCCUGUGGCGAUGAUUCCCCUGCUCCGGUACGUGGCCUCGCACCAGCUCUCAGCAAGUUACACGGCCUAGCUGCAGUUGCUCGGGUACGGCUGAAACGGAUGGGCAGGCACUUGGCACAGCCAGGCCAGGCCUCUGCUGUUGCAGCCACACGGCUAUUGAUACUCGCACUCGCCUGAGCAAGGGAAUCACAGCCUUCGCUCGUGGUGCAGCCACAGCCUGGGAGAGAGCCCUUGUGCGGGCGUGGGAGAGGUGGGCAGCUCCCUAGCCCUGGUAGAGGAGCCGUGUGAGCGGUUCCUUUCAGGCAGCAGAAUCUCUGAUUUCUUCCCAUUCUUAGCAGGUGGGGAGUAGCCAUCGGGGAAGCUGUUCUUCCUCCCCUCCCGGUGAAAUGUACAAGGCAGAUGGCUCCACGCUCCUCUCCUGAAGGCCUCCAUGUGGCAGGGGACGAGCAGGAAAGGUAACUGGCUGGCGCUCCGUGUGUUGCAGUGGACACUGAAGACACGCUCGAGGAGACGCCAGGAGGGGGUCUGGUGCUGCAGAGUGACCUGCUGCUGGGCCAGGACCUGGAGUUUGAGGACAGCAGCGACAGGAUCAUGGGCUUUGAGAAAGACUCGGAAGUGGACUCCCUGGUGGGGAAGAUCACCAUCCCGGCCUACUCGCUGAGCGACGACGACUACUCCAGCUACCGGCAGCUGAGUGUGGAGAGUGACCCCGAGGAGGGGCGGGAGCCUGGCCCCCCAGCCCUGCCUUGCCCUCAGUGUGGCCUGCAGCUGGCCGUGCGCUUGGGGCAGCGCUGCCCACGGUGUGCGGGGGCCGAGGAGGGCCGGGGCCAGCGCGUGGUCUACUCCUGCCAGCUCUGCCCCUUCGCCUCCCACUACUCCAGCCACCUCAAGCGCCACAUGAAGACCCACAACGGCGAGAAGCCUUUCAAGUGCCCGCACUGCGACUAUGCCUCGGCCCAGCUGGUGAACCUGACGCGGCACAAGCGCACGCACACGGGCGAGAGGCCCUACCGCUGCCAGGCCUGCAGCUUCGCCUGCAGCAGCCUGGGCAACCUGCGGCGCCACGAGCGCAUCCACAGCCAGGACAAGCCCUUCCAGUGCAGCGCCUGCGACUACCGCUGCAACCAGAGCCGCAACCUCAAGCGCCACAUGCUGAGCCAUCGCCAGGCGGAGGAGGGGCCCUGCCGCCGGGACAAGGCCCAAGAGCCGCUGCUGCCGGAGCUGAGCCUGCACGUGAGCGGUGCGGGCAGCCCCCUCCUGCCCGGCUGCGCCCGCCUGCGGGGCGACGAGACAGACGCCUUGCCGGAGCUGCUCUUCCCCUUCACCUGCCGCAUGUGCGGGCUGGUGCUGGACGACGGCUUGGCGCAGGACGAGAGCCUGGUCGAGCAGAUCUGCAGCCGCUGCAGCCUGGCCGUGCUGAGCACCGAGCCGGGCGACAGCCCCCCCGAGAGCGGCGCCAAGGGCUUCUCCUGCAGCCUGUGCUCCUUCGCCACACACUACCCCAACCACCUGGCUCGCCACAUGAAGACGCACAGCGGCGAGAAGCCCUUUGCCUGCCCCCUCUGCCCCUACGCCUCCGCCCACCUGGACAACCUCAAGCGACACCAGCGUGUGCACACGGGCGAGCGGCCCUACAAGUGCCAGCUCUGCGACUACGCCUGUGGCAACCUGGCCAACCUCAAGCGGCACGGCCGCAUCCACUCCGGCGACAAGCCCUUCCGCUGCGGCCUGUGCAGCUACCGCUGCAACCAGAGCAUGAACCUCAAGCGCCACAUGCUGCGCCACACGGGCGAGAAGCCGUUCCGCUGCCGCCACUGCCCCUACACCACCGGCCACUGGGACAACUACAAGCGCCACCAGAAGAUCCACGGCCCUGCUGCUGAGGGUUGGGCCAGCCCCCCGAGUGCCAAGCCCCGGCUGGCCCUGCCGCCCCCGGCUGCCUCCCUGCCCUAGGACCUGGGCC